GCAGAAGCCACAGUCACUUCCUGAAGGCAGCAGCCCAGCUCAGGUCCCACUUGCCCUGUGGCCCAUCACCCGCCUGCAGCCAUGGGGAGCCAUCAGGACUUCCGGAGCCUUCAAGCCAAGUUCCAGGCCUCUCAGCUGGAGACCAGUGAACACCCCAAAAAACCCCCAAAGCCUGAGUUCAACAAACUUCUAAAGAAGUUUCCACCACCUGAGCCAAGCGAGCAUCCCAAGAAGCCCCUGCAGCCCAGCUGUAACGAUCUGCCUCCGAAGCCCGCCAAACCUGAGCCAAAGGAGCCCUCCAAGAAGUUCCCACAGCUCAACGCCCCUCAGAAAGCUUUGCAGCCUGAGCCUGGCCAUCCAGCCAGGCCCCCGACAGAGCCCAAACCCAGUGCCCUCCCCAAGAAGCUCCAGCAGCCUGAGCCCAAUGAAGCCACCCCAGACCCUUCACAGCCAGACCUCAGUACCCUUCUCAAGAAGCCCCCGCAGCCCGAGUUCAGUGUGCACCCCAGAAAGCCCCCGCAGUCUCAGGUCGGUGGCCUCCCUAAGAAACCCCUGCCACAGCCUGAGACCAGUGAGGCCCCUCAGACGCCCCCCUGGAAGCCUGAGCCCAAAGAGCCCCACCCCUCCUCCUCACAGCCAGACCUCAGUACCCUUCCCAAGAAGCCCCCGCAGCCCGAGUUCAGUGUGCACCCCAGAAAGCCCCCGCAGCCUCAGGUCGGUGGCCUUCCAAAGAAAUCCCUGCCACAGCCUGAGACCAGUGAGGUCCCUAAGACGCCCCCCUGGAAGCCCGAGUCCAGUGAACUCCACCCCCACCCCUCAAAACCCGAUUUCAAUACAUUUCCCCAAAAGAUCCCAGCCCCUCAGCUGAAUGACUUCCCCAAGAAACUCCUGCAUCCUGAUUUUGGUGACCUCACCAGGAGGUCCUCAGAGCCUGAAGUCAGUGUGUUUCCCAAGCGGCCACGGCAGCCUGAAUGCAAAGCUCCCUCCAAGAAGCCAGAGCUGGGGAUCCUCCCCAGGGUGUCCUCAGAGCCCGAGUUUGGCCUGCUCCCCAGAAAGUUUCUGCAGCCUGAGUGCCAGGCCGCCCCCCGAAAGUUCUCGCAGCCUGAGUCCAGCGCUUUGCCCAAGAAGUACCUGCACAAUGAGUUCUCUGGUGGUCUCCCUAAAAAGCCCCCCAUCCCCAGCUCUGUUUCAGAGAGCUCACUCCCCAGUGCGGUCAUAGGCUCCCGCCCCAGGCUCCCCCUCAGCCCUGGCUUGGGAGCCAGGAAGCAGAGAUCAGGAGCUCGCUCUCACAGUGGAGGGUCGAGGCUGGGCCUCAAAUCCGGCUACCCACCCCGGCGGAGGCCUCUGCCCUCAGUCAGCAGCCUGGGACCCCCUCCAGCCAAGCCCCCGCUGCCCCCUGGCCUCAGGGAUGUCCAGAGCUUCUGGAAAGCCACAGCCACAGCCACAGCUCUGAGGAGGACCGGUUCUGCUGGGAUCCUCCAGGCCCAACAGACUGAAGACAUCCUACAGUAUUCCUCCAGGGACCAGGAAGAGGCUUAUGAGCUGUAUGACGAUGUGGAGCCCAUGGACAACUCCAGCCCCGGCCACAAGGGCAGAGGAGGAGUCCAGAAAGCAAGAGGCAAUCCGUUAGAAUUCACAACCCAGGAGGCAGGCCUGGGGAGCAGAUGGACAGAUGAAGUGCCAUCUACCCAGCAACCCCCCAGGCCAACACAGAACCCGGAACUCAGGAGGGAGAAGGCCCCCCAGCCACAGCACUUGCCGCCCGCAGACCUGAAGACCCUGAAGCAGAUCCGGAAGGCAGAGAAAGCCGAGAGGGAGUUCCGGAAAAAGUUCAAGUUUGAGGGGGAGAUAGUGAUUCACACAAGGAUGAUGAUCGAUCCCAACGCCAAGACACGCCGUGGGGGUGGCAAGUACCUGGGCAUCCGGCGUGGGGAGAUCCUGGAGGUGAUCGAGUUCACCAACAAGGAUGAGAUGCUGUGCCGGGACACCAAGGGCAAAUACGGCUACGUGCCCAGAACAGCUCUACUGCCCCUGGAAACGGAGGUGUAUGACGAUGUUGGCUUCUGGGCAGACCCUCUGGAGAGCCAACCAUCACCCCAGGAACAGUAAGGCCCACCAGUGUGGACACCCAGGACCACCGGCCAGCCCAGCCACCCAUUAACACAGGAGUCUUGGAUCCCAGAUUGGCAGUCACAGAACCACCCAGGCUCCCACCUGCCUACAUACAUGAAGCACAUAAAGCUCCUAUUUAAAGCAA